CCAGUCAGGCAGGGUUUCUACAGACAGCGUUAAGUGCCUGUUACGAUCUCGGUUUAACAGUCCCGUUUGGUUUUUAGAGGGUGUCCUCGGUCUGUUUAGAGGGACUCUGGAGUUUUGUAUUAUUUCGCUGUUGUUGCUGUUUUAUCAAGGCCCGGUGAGACCUUUUGGACGGGGAGCAGACUGCUGUCCACUUCACCACAGCGGGUCACUGACAGGGGGCUGGAGCCAAUCCCAGCUGACAUCGGGCGAAAGGCGGGGUACACCCUGAACAGGUCGCCAGUCCAUUGCAGGGCCACAGCGCUGUCAACUGGACCACCAUGCCGCCCCACCUUAAAAAAAGUGGAAUAGAAAAUCUCAACACCAUGGCCGCCAGACUCUCCAUGCUCUUCUUCUUCCUUCACGUCUUCACUGCGUCAGCCUCUGAGCCAGUCCUCCUCCACAAAUACCCACACCUCACUGGCUGCGUCUCCACCAACAUGGAGACUUUCCGCUGCAGAUGGAAUGUCGGCACUUCCCAGAGCCUCUCCAAGCCUGGAGACUUACGAUUAUUCUACAUUAACCAAAAACCCCCCCAUGCCUCUCCUAAAGAGUGGAGUGAGUGUCCUCAGUACAGCACAGACAGGCCAAAUGAGUGCUUCUUCAAUGAGAACCACACAUCCAUAUGGACAUAUUACAGUGUCCAGCUCCGCUCGAGGGAUCAAGCCAUCCUCUAUGAUGAGAACCUCUUCCAUGUUCAAGACAUCGUUCAACCGGAUCCUCCAGUUGACCUGAACUGGACGCUGCUGAAUGUGAGUUUGACUGGCACUUACUAUGACAUCAUGCUGAGCUGGAAGCCUCCUCAGUCCGCAGAUGUGAAGAUGGGAUGGAUGACACUGCAGUAUGAGGUCCAAUACCGCGAUGCCAGCUCUGACAUGUUUGAAGCGGUCGACCUUGUGAAAAGCACACAUCGCUCGCUUUAUGGGCUUCAAACUAACAUCAAUCACGAGAUUCAGGUCCGGUGCAAAAUGCUUGGUGGGAAAGAGUUUGGAGAAUAUAGUGACUCGAUUUUCGUCCACAUCCCAUCUAAAGUGUCGAGAUUCCCGGUGGUGGCCUUGCUCGUCUUUGGUGCCUUGUGUUUAGUGGCCAUCCUGAUGUUAGUCGUCAUAUCGCAGCAGGAAAAGUUGAUGGUUAUUCUUUUGCCUCCUGUUCCUGGACCUAAAAUAAGAGGAAUUGACUCUGAACUACUCAAGAAGGGGAAGCUGAGGGAGUUGACGUCAAUCCUGGGAGGGCCCCCUGAUCUGAGGCCGGAGCUGUACAACAAUGACCCCUGGGUGGAAUUCAUCGACUUGGACAUUGAGGAGCAGAACGACAGACAGAAUGACCUGGACACAGACUGUCUCAUGCACCGCUCCCUGUCCUCCAACUGCACUCCCCUCUCCAUCGGCUUCAGAGAUGACGACUCGGGCCGGGCCAGCUGCUGCGACCCAGAUCUCCCCAGCGACCCGGAACCAUCACCUUUCCUUCCUCUCAUCCCAACUCAAACUCUCAGCAAGGAACCGUCAUUCCUCACAGCCUGUGAGCCAAGCUCCCCGGUCCAGAGUCCCACCAAUGGGGAGCCUCCUUUUGUAGCGCCAGGCAUAGGGGGAAUGUACACCCAGGUGAGUGAGGUGAUGUUGUCUGGCAAGGUUCUGCUGUCACCUGAAGAACAGACUGAGGUGGAGAAAAACACAAGCAAAGACACAGAGAAAGACAUAAUAGUAGAUAAGGAGAAAGAAAAGAAAGAGUUUCAGCUCCUGGUGGUGAAUACAGAUCAUGGGGGUUACACCUCCGAGCUUAACGCAGGAAAAAUUAGCCCAAGAUUGUCCACAGAAGACGUGAGUGAAACGCGCCAGACAGGACGAGACUUGUGUUCUUCGCCGUCACCGUUGCCUUACCACGAAUUGGAUUCCACCCCCACGUCCCCUCCCCCUGCUCCAAUGUACACCGUGGUAGAGGGUGUUGACGGGCAGAACAGCCUCUUACUGACACAAAACUCAUCACCUGCUCCCCAGCUGAUAAUCCCAAAGACCAUGCCGACACCAGGCGGCUACUUGACCCCUGACCUUUUGAGAAGCAUCACACCUUAGAUCAGCGGUGAACGGUGCAAAGAUAAGACGAUUAUGUAUACUAUAUAUGACUUAGUCAAAGGCAGAGAUAAGAUUGGGAGCAGUCUUGGAGAUUGUGGGUCAUGAGGUUGAGUGUUGAGUGUCAGCUCUCCUAAAAUAGUUGAAGGGGUGUUGGGGCCUGUUCUGCCACCACCUCUACCUCGUCCCGCUACUCCCUCUGACAGGGCUGUAAAGUCAGCAUGGUAGGAAGUUUGGUAUGAGGGGAAAAGAGCAGAUGUACAAAACCACUUAUUAAAUAAGUAACUGUGUUAAAGCUGCAUUGAUAAUUUUUUGGCCUCAAGAGGACAGAAAACAACACAAGCUGACAGACACACAGCCCUAGUGAAUUAAUAAGACAGCUAACUAGUUGCCUAUUUAGACAACCAGCUGACAAUUAGAAACACUAGCUAUCAUUCAUUUAGAGUCAUGUUUCUGUCCGCCACUUUCUUCACUAGCCCGUCGCCCAUUUUGUCUGCUGUUUUGUGCUAGGAGCGAAAAGCUGCUAAAAAGCUUUGCAGAGCUGCAGAGUUGGUGGUAAUGGUUUGUAUAGGUAGUCAUUUCAUUCAGUGUAAAUAUGUAAAUAUGGACUAAUGCAGCUUUAAAUAAGAAAACAUUUAAUGUAAUGUAAUUUUACAAACAUUUGCAGGGUACAUAUCAAAAGCUGCCUUUUUAAUAAAAUCAGUGUUUACUGUUGCCACAGUAAAAUGAUGUUACUUAACCACUGCUUUUUAAAUACAGCCUUAUUGGGGUAUCACCUUGUUACCAACACAUGAACUACCAAACAAGUAAAAUAAAGCAAGAGCUUUAUGUAAAAGGAUCAGCUGUAGCAUACAAUAUUAGAUGCUUAUACUUUGAUGCCAUUAUGUUCUAAACUGGGAAAUGUUUUCAGAACUGGCAUAAAUCAUUUGGUUUGUCAGUGUUAUGCUCAGUCAGUAUUUGUUUUUGAAUGCAUGGACUGUAGCCUAAACGUUUUUUUUAUUUUUCAUAUGGUUUUUGAUUAAAAACACAUAUGAUGCUGGGGUAAAUCAUCAGUUAUUGCAUUUAACUGUUCAAAUUGUUGCAAAUAAAGUACGUUCAUACC